UCUAUUUGCCUCUGGUUACAGCGGACUUCAGCUAUUUCAUCUAUCCCGAGUUCAACUCCCACUAUUCAGCCUGCCUCGGGGUCAGGUUUAUCUCGACAUAGUCUUAAAGAUCUAGAAACCUCUUUCCAGACUACAAAAAAUUGCUACCCAGCAGAUCCGGACCUCGACGCCCCCGAGAUGGUGAUUUCUGGUAGCCCCAUGUCUCCCUCUGCCCAUGGCGAUGACGAUACCGAUGAUCUUUUGGAUAGCCAGGACAAUUACAGACUUGUUGUAGUCUCAAAUGACACAGGAGUCGGCGAUACGGUUAAAAUGACCGCAAUCACUUCUUCAAAGGCAUCAUCGCCUUUAGCAAGUUGUGAGGAUGGCAGCUGUUCAAGUCUCGGCGACCUUACUCUUGAGGCUAACGCUGCUCUUCUUCGCCUAGAAUAUUCUACUCCUGGCGAUGCUAAGGGACGAUUGUCAGAAUUAAGUGCUGAUUUGGUCGCUCGCAACGCCAUUCCACAGCUGCCUCAUCAUAACCAGAAGGGUCUUGCCUCUCUGCGAUUGCCUUCUACCGAUCGGGAUACAAAGCCAACUCGCUCUGUUAGACGACAUUCGAUCUGUCCGACUGCCAAGCCUAGAUUGCUACCCACCCAAGUGCCUCAAGAGGCUCAGGGGAGCAUCAGUGCGGAAAGC